AUGGCAGAUGUGUUAGAUAUUGAAAAUUCGGAAGAAUUUGAAGUUGACGAGGAUGGUGAACAGGGAAUCGCUCGCUUGAAAGAGAAGGCGCGAAAACGUAAAGGUAGAGGUUUUGGUAGCGAAGCCGGUAGCGGAGGCGCCUCAGAGAGAGGGAACAGGGGGAGAUACGACAGCUUGGCUCCUGAAGGUGAUGGCAAUACUCCAGGCCCUCAGAGGUCAGUGGAGGGCUGGAUACUGUUCGUCAGCAAUGUCCAUGAAGAGGCCCAGGAGGAGGAUAUACAGAAUCAAUUCUCAGAGUUUGGCGAGAUCAAGAACAUUCACUUGAACUUGGACAGACGCACUGGUUUCCUCAAAGGUUACGCUCUUGUGGAGUAUGAGACCUACAAACAGGCUGCGAGUGCGCGCGAGGCUCUGGACGGCGCAGACAUCUUAGGCCAGCCGAUAUCAGUUGACUGGUGCUUCGUCAAGGGACCAACUAAAGGACACAAGAAGAGGCGAUAG